CAUUAUCAGCAGAACAUUACUUCGUACUGUAUUGUAGAAAUAAAACAUCAUCAUGCGACCGAUCAAGUUAGUGCUUUCCCUCUUCGCAUUGAAUCCCGAAGACGCUGUCUCUGCAAUGUCUGGGGUGAACACAUCAGCCUGUCGAUCCAAUUCUACCCACAUCGUCUGGAAAACAGUUUCKCGGCCCUCUCGGAUCCACGGAGACCCGGAACGGCGGGCGACUCASRAGCGACGYAUCGAGUCGUCCUCKACCGACAAAGACCACGCCGGCGCAACGACGGCAUACCAUUGCUCCGUUCAAACACGCAAAGAUGCCGAAGCAUCGUGCAUGUUGUUCCUUAGGAACAACGUGAUGCCAUUCGACGAACMAUUCCGAGAAACGAUGGGAUUCCCACUYGGCGACGACGACAAUCCCAACGCGGACGGGCUGGCCACCGGCCUCGUGGAACCAACCAUUUCACUAGCGCUCGACGCCAAAGUUCUAUACAAGUGGACCGAUGAUCUGCCCCCGGAGAUAUUCAUGGAGUACGUCCUGAACUACGCAAACCUAAACGAGGCGCGAACCAACUGGCGUCCGCUGUUGGUCGACGCCCUGAAAUUCAAUGAGAGCGAAUUGUAUCGUAGUUCUCUGAGAACAACGGCACCGGCCACCGCAACGGGUACGGUAGCGACCUGGGAGAGCACCCUGAAUGUCACGUCGGUAACCACCUGGGUCAACACCAACCUAUGGAACCGGUUGGGACGAGAAGGAGCACCGAUCUACUUCAAGAGUUCUCAAACGCCCCUGGUCUUUGACCCCAUGUCCGUGGUGGCCUUUGGAUAUGCCAGCUGUACGGGGACAUCGAUCCUGUUUUGCAACGCGCUGCGUGCCGUGGGAGUUCCGGCCCGGGUGGUGGGCACCCCCGCCUGGUACGGCAACCGGACCCAGGGCAACCACAACUGGGUCGAGGUCUAUGUGCCCGAUGCCGGUAGCGGCGGUGCCGGCGAAUGGAAAUUCCUGGAGCCCUCGCCGGCGCUGCCGAGCGUGGACACCCUGGACGGCGAUCCCUGCGGCCGGUGGUUYUGCGAUCCCGGUCGGUACCCUUCCAGCAGGGUGUACGCCGCGAGAUUGUGGUCGGGAGAGGGGGAAUCGCCACCGGCCGUCCAUUUCCCGCUGGCCUGGGAGUGGGAUUGCCACGGUGUGCCGGCAGAGGAGCGAACCGAUUACUAUGCUAGGGUUUGCGGAUCGUGUAGCGAGUGACGGACGAUGCAUGACGGACAAGCACCGGGGCUUUCGCAAGAAGGAAUAGAAGAAUCCAUCGCGAGAUUGAGCUAAUGAUGAAUUUUUGUCAACCCAGCCCCCUUGCUUUUGGUAUCCUUUUUUUCGAGCUUCCAUCUUGUGGAUGUACCAGCGGCUCCGACUGCUUGGCCUAAAGGAAAUGAUGGAUCUGCAGAUAAAUCGUAGCAAGCACU